GAGUGUUAUCAUUGGUUGUUAUAUGUCACGGUUUAUUCGCGCUUCAACCUUCGAGGAAAUGUAUUUACAGUAGACCCUAAAUUUAUGUGUUUUGCAAGAUGUUGCAUGGAAAAAUUGUUGUAAUAAAAAGGUCAGGUACAGAUGGAGCUCAGUUUCCACUAACUGCUGAUACCUGUGUGUUUGGAAGGUCCAGUGAAUGUGACAUAAGAAUACAACUUCCAAAUGUAUCAAGGGAGCAUUGUCAAGUGACAGUUGAAAAUGGUGGAGUGUUUCUGACUAAUCUCAGCAACUCAAAUCCUGUGUCUUUGAAUGGAAAAAAUCUGGACGGGAAGAAAAAUCUGGCCAGCAAAGACAUCUUCACAAUUAUAGACAGAUCAUUUAGAUUUGAGCUCCCAGAAAAUAUGCAGAGUUCAUCUCCUAAAAAGACGCCUGUUAAAUCUUCACCUAAGAUGAAGACAGAAUCCAAAAUUCUGACACCUAAAGUAAAACCACCAAGUGCUUCACCUCAGAGAAAUAGCAAUACACCUUCAAGUAAAAGCCCAAACAAAAGAAAUUCAUUGAUUGUUGCCAAGUCUCCUGGGCUGAAUGCUGUUGCAACACCAAAGGCCAAACCUCGGUCUCCUUCCCCAAGGAAAACACCAGCUCCUGUUAUGAAGACACCUGUUGCCACUGUAACACCAACAAAAUCCCCUGUUAAAAAGUUCUCCACUCCUAAGUCUCAGGUAAAUUCAAGAAGUGUAUCACCUAAAGCUGUGACCCCUGUUGUCUCCACAACUCCUGCAAAUAAACAGAAGACCACUCCAAAAGCUGAGAGGAAGUCCAGGAGUACCUCUCCUAAGGCUAAGACACCUAGUGCAUCUCCAAAAGUCAAGACCCCAGCGGCUUCCCGAAGCAUGUCACCCAAAACUAGUAUUCCAGUAGUUUCUACUUCAGCAGAUGAUGAAGUCUUGACAACUCCGAAAUCGGGAAGGAAGUCAAGAAAUACCACUCCAAAACCCAAGUCUUCAAAAAGUUCAUCUCCGAAAGCUAAAUCUCCCAUAGCCAAAUCUCCAAAAGCUAAAACACCCAGAAGUGCAUCUCCAAAGGCGAAGACUCCCAGAAGUGCAUCUCCACAGGCGAAGACUCCAAGAAGUGUAUCGCCAAAAGUUGCUACACCUAGAGUUGCGUCUCCUACAGCCAAGACUCCCAGGAGUGUAUCUCCAAAAGUUGCUACACCUAGAGUUGCAUCUCCAAAGGCCAAGACUCCCAGAAGUGUAUCUCCAAAGGCCAAGACUCCCAGGAGUGUAACUCCAAAAAUUGCUACAUCUAGAGUUGCAUCUCCAAAGGCCAAGACUCCCAGAAGUGUAUCUCCAAAGGCCAAGACUCCCAGAAGUGCAUCUCCAAAGGCCAAAACACCUGUAGUGUCUACCCCUGUAAAACCAGCUGAAGAAGUUAAGAAAAGUCCUGCAUUGGAAAGGACAUCAAAGAGCAAAUCUCCAAAAGGCAAGACGCCUAUAAGUGCAUCUAAAGCUAAAUCUCCCAAGGGCCAAACACCAAGAAGUGCAUCUCCCAAGGCCAAAAUUCCUGUCUCACCAAGUCCUACCCAGAUUGGUGGUGUGGUAACAACUCCUAAGGCUAAGACACCUGUGUCUUCUACCACUCCUGUGAAACCUGUUAAGGAACCCAUGUCAACACCUAAGUCAGACAGACGGUCAAGAAGCACAUCACCAAAAGCUAUGACUCCCAAUCUGUCACCAAAUGUGAAGACACCUGAGGUCUUAGCAAUUAAAGAGAAAAUCUUGUCCACACCGAAGUCUGGCAGAAAGUCUAGAAGUGUAUCUCCAAAAUCAAACACAGUUGCAAACACCCCAAAAUCUGCACAGAAGGCUGAAUCACCAAAGUCAAAGAGUCCAUCUCCCAAGGUAAAGACACCAGCUACUCCAAAAUUUACCAGUUCAGGGUUGAAGUCCAGAACACCAUCCCCCAAGGCUGUUACCACAACUGAAUCCCCCUUAACCAGUGGAUGGACACCAGUCGUAAACAAAAAGAAACUGGAAAGGAGGUCUUUGCCAGUGGGAAAUCCUAUAAUUGCUGCAGCAUUACCUACAUCACAUGCAAGUUCUGGAAAGAAAAGAAAGUCUACAGAAAGUUUAGAAUCCAGGUCUAAGAGGGCAAGAGUGUCAUUUGGACCCAAACUCAGCCCUGAACACUUCUUAAAGACCCUGCCUCCAUCCACACCCGUCAGGAAGGGAGCAACACCCAAACGAAUGGCUUCUAAUUCAGAUUUGAAACCACUGCUGAAAAGGAAAUCUGUCGUCACUGUCCCAAAAUCUCCAAUCAAAGAAGAGAGUCCACAGAAAGCCAGAAGUUCUCAAAAAUCUCCAAAGGCUGGUCGUUCUCCAAGAAGUCCAAAUGAUAAAAAAUCUCCACAACAGAAAACUAAGAGCCCGAGUGCUUCACCCAAGACAGCUCAGAACAAGGUACCAGAGAUGACUACAACCACUUCUAGAAGUCCGGUUCAAAGUAGAUCUCCAGCAAAAUCUGCUACACCCACAUCAUCACUCAGAACUCCAAUGAACAAAUUGCCUAAAGCUAAGCCUUCAACACCCAGAAGUGCCUCUCCUAAGACACCAAGUAACAAAUCUCAAGUUAUAGCAGUAUCGCCAGUCGCAACUCCAGCAAAGCCUUCACCCAAGUCUCCAACUCGAAGCCAAUCUCCUAAAACAAAAGCAACACCUAAAUCUACUCCGAAAAAAUCGUCACCAACUAAGGCUAAGUCUCCUAUAUCCAAAAUAUCUCCUAAUAGUUUAAAGAAGGAUAAAUCAAUGGAUGAGUCCUUUGGACUAGAUGGUCUGUUUCAGACACCCAAUUUGGUUACAAGUACUCCUGCUGCUGGCAGUAAAAAGAAGAGAAAAUCAGCUGUGUUGAAUUCAACUCGGUCAAAGAAAAAUAUAGAGACCAAGCGAAGAACAAGUACAGGGAAUCUUGGAGGUGUUAAGAGGCUGCUAAAGACUCCAAAGAGGUUGCCAGACACCAGCUUCACUGGAAUAGCUGCCCUGAUGAAGACCCCAACAGCAGUAACAGCAAAAAAGACCACUCCAAAAAUUGUAUCGAUGAAGACUCCAGCAGACAUUAGCUACACUGGAAUUGCUACCAUGAUGAAGACCCCCAAAACAGCUUCAGCAAAGAAAACACCCACGAUGAAGACCCCCAAAACAGCAUCAGCAAAGAAAACACCAAAAGUUAAAUCUGCAAAGCCUUCAGCAGACACGAGCUACAGUGGCAUUGCAGACAUGAUGGCUACACCUAAACAAAAACCAACACCUACAAGGAAAAACUCCCCUAAAGUUGUUGUUUCCCCAGCUGUACAGAAAAUUAAUAAUCCCAUUGCAGACCUAAGGAAAGCUGUAGCCAUUCGUGCUAUUCAUGGGAAAAAUGCAACUCCAAAAUUGUUAAAGAUGGCUCCUGCAUCAUGGGCUGAUGUAGUAAAAAAAGGUGUGGCAAAGAAAGUUCUUACCCCACAGGCCAAGAGAGUAAUGCAUGGGAAGAGAGCUGCACAAAGUGCCAAGAAGAAUCGAAGGAAGUCAAUUGCAAAGACACCCAGAACCAUUGCCAGAGCAGCUGCACCCACCACAGGGCAUGCAGACUCACCAAUGACUCUUGUCAUUGGCAAGAAGAAGGCCAAAACUCCUAGAGCUCUACCUAAAAAAGGAAGAAAAUCAGUUGGAAAGUCUAAGUCUGUGAAGAAUAAUGCAGUUAGCCCAUCUGGUGUGAAAGAAAUGUUCACCACUCCUAAGACAAAGUCUCCAGCUCGUAGUCGAUUGAGUACAGGAACCCCACACUCACUCUUCUCGGAUCUCCCAGACACUCCCAAUGGACCUGGUGAGAUGGCUGUGUCGCCCUUGUCCAACAGCACAUCUGCUGGAAGUCCUCGUCUUGCUGGCAUGAAGAGACUAUUUACACAGCAAAAGGUUGCAAAAUCUCCAGCCAGCCCACUUGGAAUCAAGAAUUUAAUGAAAACACCAGGAUCUUCAAAAUCUACGCCAACAAAGAAACUGAAGAGUCCCAAGGUUUCAAAAUCCAAAUCCCCAACACCAAGGAGAGGCACUAAAAGAGGAGCCAAGGUACUGUCCACUCCUCCCCAGCCCUCAAAGAAAGUCCGUGUGGAGCAGAAACCUGCCAAAGCAGAUGAAUCCCUGACUGUCUCUCCAGCUAAAUCACCAAUAGCCAACACCAAGAAAGGAAGCAGAGCAGUAGCAAAGAAGACACCUGCCAAAAAGACAACUCCUGCAAAGCUAAAUACAGCUGUAGAAGAUGUCCCAAAGAAGAGGGGGAAACAUGCACAAACAAAUGUUGGCGUGGUGUCACCUGUAACAGUACAGACAACCCCCAAACCUGUGGCUGUUGUGGCACCCAUGAGUACCAAGAAAAAAGUAGAGGAGGAGGCGAAACCUCUCAAGAAUGGAAAAGAUAACAUGAAGGCUUUGGUCAGCAUUACUCCAAUGAAAAAUGCUUCAGAAAAAGCAGUGAAGCAUGAUACUAAGGCCUCUGCAAAGAAAGCUGCAACACCUCCAAAAAAAUCUCUGAAGCCCACACCUAGAAAGAAUGUCACAAGGGGUAAAGCAGGCGCAAAAGUUGAUGCACCUGAAGAAAAGAAUGAAUCUAUAGAAAUUAAUCCAGUAAAAGGUAGAAGCACUAGAGGAAAAGCAGUGGCAAAAUCUACACCCAAAAAAGUAGCUUCUCCAGCCAAACCAGCAGAUCGCAAAAGAACUAGGGGUGCUGCAGUCGUGUCUGAAAAAGUAGUUUCACCUCCGGCAAAACGACAGAAAACUGAGGAGACAAAGCAAGCUUCUCCAGUGAAAGUUAAUAAGGGACGAGCAACAAGAGGAAAGAAAGCUGGAGCUGCCAUUAAGAAAGUUUCACCAAAGAAAGCAACAAAGGCAGCUUCUCCUGUCAAACCAGCAACACCAGAAGUGAGUCUUGUAAAGAAGGCAACAAGAGGAGGAAAACGAGCUGCUGUUAAGAAAGUUUCACCGAAAAAAGCAACAAAGGCAGCUUCUCCUGUCAAACCAGCAACACCAGAAGUGAGUCCUGUAAAGAAGGCAACAAGAGGAGGAAAACGAGUUGCUGUUAAGAAAGUUUCACCGGAAAAAGCAACAAAGGCAGCUUCUCCUGUCAAACCAGCAACACCAGAAGUGAGUCCUGUAAAGAAGGCAACAAGAGGAGGAAAACGAGUUGCUGUUAAGAAAGUUUCACCGAAAAAAGCAGCAAAGACAGCUUCUCCUGUCAAACUAGCAACACCAGCAGUUAGUCCUGUAAAGAAGGUGGUUGCAACUCCUGCAGUCAGUCCGAAAGCAACCAGGAGAAGGGGGGGAAGAGCAGCUACGGUAAAGAAAGCAACUCCUCAAAAAGCAGCUAAUGAAAAAGAAGUUAUCUCAGUGGUUAGUCCUAAAAAGGGUAGGGCAACCAAACGAAAGGCAGAGAAACCAACUACUGUUACCAAGGAAACACCCUCGUCAAUUGCUUUUAGCCCAGUGAAAAAAAGUAUGAGAGGUAAAACAGCGAAAGCAACACCGAAGAAAACGGCAACUCCUGCAGCUACCCGCAAGAGGACUAGAGUAACGGCACCUGAGGGCCCAAAUUCCCCCAAACAGCAGAAGACUAUCAGUGAGCCAGCUGGAGUUAGUCCUGUAAAAGCAACAAGAGGGAGAAAGGGCAAGGCUGUGACUGCAACAAAAGCAACUCCCAAGAAGCAGGAAAAGAGCAAAGCACCCUCUCCAGCAAAAAAAACACCUGUAAAGAAAAACAUAGCUCCUGUAGAAGUCACUCCAGUCAAAAAAACUACAAAGGGCAAGAAAGCUGCUACUUCAAAACAGACCACAAGUAAAGUGGCCUCUCCUGUGGAAAAAGCAAGUCCUGCAAAAGUUAGAUCUACAAGGGCCAAAGCAUCAGUAACCACAUCAGCUGCUAAAAAACCCGCACUGAAAAAGGAAGCAAAGAGCAAAACAGCCACACCUCAGAAAUCUGCUGCCACACUGAAAGUGUCGCCAAAGAAAACAAGAGGCAAGGCUGUGACAAAAUCUCCAUCCCCAGCUAAAAGGGUAACGCGCCCAAGGAAGAAGUAGAGGUCACAAUUUCACAUCUCAUAAGCACAAACAGCUGUACAUUGGAUUUUAUGUAUUUAUUUUAGAAAUAUUUUACGAAACAAAUUUCACUUGAUGAACAGACUUUUAUUAUGAUUGUGUAUAAAAUGUAGUCUUAGAAUGUGGAGAUUUUUAUUCACAAAAUCUUUUAGUAUGUCAUUGGGCAGGCAGCAACUACAGGCAUGUUCAUUUAAUAUUGAAGUGUUCAGAUGUAGUAAAAUGAUGAAAAUAAAAUUUUUACAGUAAAGAAAAUGUACAUGUAUAUUUUGUCGUACAUUAAGUAGAUUAGAAUAUGUAUUUAUUGUUUGUACAUUGUGUGACGGUAAUUGUAAUGUCUGCAUGGAACAUCAGGGAAUUUUAUAUAGAUAUUAUAUAUAUAGCCUCGUCUUAUUACUUCCUCUCUAUCUUUCUAUUCAUUCACUUGCUGUUAGGACGUGUUUGGUAUAAUUAUUAUGUAUGCCUAUGUACUGUCUCCUUAUCAUUUUGUUAAUUUAGGCUUCAUGUGUCCCUGUCGUUUCUAUUUUAUCGUAAUAUGUUUUUGAAUAGUGCAAAUCCCAUUCAUUGUGUAUGCCCUGUAUCUGUGGUAUAAUUUUAGCUAUGUAUAUCUAGAAUAACCAUCUUAAAAUCAUAACCAACUCUGUUGGGAAGCAUUCUAGAACCUCGUGUAGCAUGUAUUGGUCCAGUAGUGCGGAUUUUGACAGUUUUACUCAUAAAUUGUUUUUUCAGAUUUGACAUUUUAUUUGAACAGUACUUUUGACUAAAAUUUCAUAAUUAGUAGUUGGUCCUUCAAGAAUAAACUAGUGAAAAAAUUGUUCAUGCUUGAUCAUUGUAAUAUAUUUAAAAAGGUAUAUUAAAGCAUUGUCUCAGACA